GUAUAAGCACUACAAGAAGUCGGAGGCGAAGUUAGCCCUGGACGAAGCAUUGAGGGGCGCCUUUGAUAAUAUCGCCAAGACGGUCAAGCCUGGAGCCCAGCUGUUGGGGCCACCGUCCCGAAUGAUAAGGCUGUCGGGGUUCAAGGGCAUCACCUUCGCAAACUCCUGCGUCGGUAACGCGGGGCAAGCUGAGAUAGACGAGAGCGAGACCUUUGUGAUCUGGCCGCCCUCCUCCACGGCAACCCUGCAUGAGGCCCAUGGGAUUGCCAUCGAGUACGAGGGCCACCAGGGAGCGCUGCGCAGUGAUCAGAGGUCGGUGGGCAUCCGUAUGGCAAGGAGCUCGCCAAAGGCCAAGGACAUUGCUAUGGAGGUACGAGGCAACGCGGCGAGUUUAGCUCGCCAGCGUUUCCGCAUCGGCCACGUGCCAGCCAACAUGGCCUCCAAGGGUCAGGUCAAAGGAGUGGCCGAAAGUCUCAAGUGGGGCUGUGAUAUUCUCAACGUCGCCUACGACAGCCGCGAGCAUAGCCACUGUGCCAUUGCUAAGGCGGGCGCCGCGCCCCAGAGCAUGUGCUGGAGCGUUGGUGCAGCAGUGCAGCCGUGGGUGGUCACGGCGCUGAUUGACAAGCCGAAAGUCCAGGUGGAAGAGACACCCCCUACGAUCGUCUUGGCGGAGGAGCUCGCCACGACGAAGAUCAAGGGGCCCGACGGUGGGAACAUGCAGGUGGGCGCGCCCAUGCCCGUCACAGCUGUGUUGCCACAGCAAGCCGACGAUCGCAUUAGCACGCUGGAGCGAAACUUCGCCGACCUCCAGAAACAGAUCAGGACGCAGACGGAGACCGCGGACAUGACGAAUGCGAACAUCCAUCAGUUGUCGGAGACUGUUGCCGCCCAGGGCCAGGCGAUUGCUACAGCUGCGACUCGUUUGGAAGGCAUGGCGGGGCCCCACGCAGGUAUCGAAGCGAUCGUGAAGAAGCUGGGCGUGCAGAAGCCAGAGGCAGAAGCUGAGGGGGUGCCG